AGAUGGAAAAAUCAAAUCCAACAAAAAAAUAAUAAUCAAAAAAGCCAACAAGUAUAAUUGUGUGGCUCUAAAUUUGCCUCUUCACUACCACUCAAUAUAAACCAAACUAAGGCUACAAAAUUUACAACAACUCCUCAUCUUCAUAAACCACACACACACAUAAAAAAAAUCUUAUAACAUAAUAUUGUUGAACCCCUUAGCUCCAUUAUCACUUCAACAUUCAAGAAUAUUAUUCAAAAAAAAAAAAAGUUGUGAUUAUUAUUUUUUUGUUCAAUGGCAAUAACAACUUCAAUUGCAACAACAUCAUUUUCUUCCUGUGUUAGUGGUGAAGAUUAUGGUAUGUUAACUAGGAAAGUGCAACCAUUGGUGAAUGCUGGAAUGGGAAAGGCAGUGAGAUCAAGGCCAAUGAUGGGGAAUGUUAAUGCAGGCAAAGGAAUAUUUGCACCAAUUGUUGUUGUCACUAGGAAUAUUGUUGGCAAGAAAAGGUUUAAUCAACUUAGGGGUAAAGCUAUUGCUUUACACUCUCAGGUAAUCACAGAGUUUUGCAAGUCAAUAGGAGCAGAUCAGAAGCAAAGGCAAGGAUUGAUCAGAUUGGCAAAGAAGAAUGGUGAAAGACUUGGAUUUCUAGCUUGAUGGUUCACAUAAAUACCAUUUGCCAAAUGGUAAAAUGUGUAAUGAUCAAAUAGCUUAUAGCCUUUUGUGUAAUUGAAACAAAUCAAUCAGAUACAACUUAAUUAUCUGUAAUAUUCAAAACAUACAUAUAUAUAUAUAUAUAUAUGCUUUGUAGUCUA